GUGUGUGUGUGUGUGUGUGUGUGUGUUUGUGUGUGUGUGUGAGAGAGAGAGAGAGUGAGAGAUGGAAGGUGUGAGGAAAAGCUGGUCUCCCAAGCUGUGACAUUCAGUGCAUGGAAACAGUCUUAAGAGGAAACAUUUACGCGCUGGAGUCAUGGACAUCCACUCUGGUUUAAACGCUUUAUUCUAAAAUAAAAUAAAAAACUUUCUUUGUAAGCCGAACAUUUUUUUUUUUAAAAUGUGGACAAUUCCGAAACCAAACUAUAGGACUGAUUUGUGCUCCGAGGGGAAGAUCACUGUGAACAUCGGCGGGGUCCGAGUUGUGCUCUUCGGGGAUGUUUUGAAACGCUACCCGGAGAGCAGACUGGCCGAGUUGUUGAACUGUUCAAGUCAGAAUCCUGAAGCUAUCUCGUCGCUAUGUGAUGACUUCGAUCCGGGAAGAAAGGAGUUUUACUUUGACAGAGAUCCUGACGCUUUUAAGUGCAUCAUCGAAGUUUACUACUUUGAUGAAAUCCACAUGAAACGCGGGAUUUGCCCCAUUUGUUUUAUCAAGGAGAUGGAGUUCUGGAAAAUAGAUUCUAGUGUUUUAGAUGAGUGCUGUAAAAGUUACCUAAGUGAGAAAGAGGAGGAGCUGAAUGAGAUCGCGAACAAAGUGAAAGUUAUUCUGGAGGAUCUGGAGGUGGAUCAGUGCAUUACGCGCGCCCAGAGGUGCCAGAGGUUCCUGUGGAGGCUGAUGGAGAAGCCGGGCUCUUCACUGCCGGCGCGCAUCAUCGCCAUAACCUCCUUCCUCUCCGUCCUGGUCUCAGCGGUUGUGAUGUGCAUGGGGACCAUCCCGGAGCUGCAGGUGACGGACACGGAGGGGAAACAGGUGGAGCACCCUAUCCUGCAGGCGAUCGAGACCGCAUGCAUGUCCUGGUUCACAGCGGAGUACCUGCUGCGUCUCGCCUCCUCUCCCAACAAGCUGUACUUCGCGCUCUCCAUCAUGAACAUUAUAGACUUUAUGGCUAUUAUUCCUUUCUACGUGGUCCUAUCUCUCACUUAUCUGGGCACCACAUCCAUGAUGGAGCUGGGUAACGUCCAGCAGGCUGUGCAGGCGCUCCGCAUCAUGCGCAUCGCGCGUGUUUUCAAGCUGGCGCGCCACUCCUCCGGGCUGCAGACUCUCACCUACGCGCUGAAGAGGAGCCUUAAGGAGCUGGGGCUUCUCCUCAUGUACAUGGGCGUGGGGAUCUUUGUGUUCUCAGCGCUGGCUUACACCAUGGAGCAAAACCACCCAGAGACCCUCUUCCGGAGCAUCCCGCAGUCCUUUUGGUGGGCCAUCAUCACCAUGACCACGGUUGGCUACGGCGACAUCUACCCUAAAACCACGCUCGGAAAGUGCAACGCAGCCGUGAGCUUUCUGUGCGGGGUGAUAGCCAUCGCCUUGCCUAUCCACCCCAUCAUUAAUAACUUUGUGGUCUUCUACAAUAAGCAGAAAGUGUUGGAGACUGCGGCGAAGCACGAGGUGGAGCUGAUGGAGCUGAAGUCGGAUGAGGACGCGCGCAGGAAAAGCAGGGAUUAAGACGUGGAGGCACCAGAGCUGUUAGACCUUUCAAAAACUGCACUCAGACUGGACCAUAAGGACAGUUUCAUUUUUGAAUGUUGAUAACACUUACAGUAUCAAAAGCUACAAAAAGAAACCUAAAACUAGACCCUGGCAUUACAACAAUGAGACGUUUUAUGCACAGCUCCAUGCAGGGAUAACCUGUACAGCUAAACCAGCUCUUCUUCGUUGUUUCUGUCGCUGCCUUGUCUGUGCAACAUGCUGCUUAUUCCAUCCUGCAGUUAUUUAACUGUUGUAAAGUGUGACUGCUGUUGUCGUGAAAUAAUAAAAAGUUGCGCAUGAAAAAAAUCUGGUGUAGAGGAUUAUUAAAGCAACACCAGGGACCUGCUAAACGAAAAGGGAAAUGUCUGAAUUAUUUGCCAUCAGCCAUACAAAAACAACUUUUUAUAGGAGGAGAGAUCAAAUCACGUUUGGUUGAAUGUAAUCAGUUUCAUUGUAUAUUGAUCACAUCGACAGAUAAGACAGCGUGACAUAGCUUCUCAUAUGAAUAAAAUCAGAUAUGAGUCAUUGAUUUAUUUUUUUAACUAAAGUCAGUUGUAGUGCAACAAUUUGCAUUAAGACAGCUUCAUGAAGCAUCUGCAUGGUGUGGCUGGCUGACAUCACUGACAAGCCGCUCAUGAUGCCAUUCUCUAUUGUUUCACAACACGUGUUGUGAAACAAUAUUUUUGCACAAAUGUUAUAUGUGCAUGUCUGUUUUUACACAUCCACUUUCAAGUAGUCGAGUGUUAAAACCAAACAAUCUUAUCUUAUUUUG